GANAGCGCGCCGGCGCAGUGCGUCCGUCAUAAAUUGACGCCCUGGCUGCGAUUCUCAUUUCUCCUUAUCGCUGACCCGGGCGGAGGAAAGAUGGUGUUGGAUCUCGAUUUGUUUCGUGUGGAUAAAGGAGGCGACCCGGACCUCGUCCGAGAGACGCAAAAGAACCGCUUCAAGGACCCGGGACUAGUGGAUCGGCUGGUGAAGGCAGACGGCGAGUGGCGGAGAUGCAGAUUUCGAGCAGACAACUUGAACAAGCUGAAGAACCUAUGCAGCAAGACAGUUGGGGAGAAAAUGAAGAAAAAAGAGCCGGUGGAAGACGAUGAGUCUAUUCCAGAGAGUGUGUUAAAUCUCGACAACCUCACCCCAGACAUAUUAGCUAAACUGAAAGUGUCACAGAUCAAAAAACUCCGACUGCUCAUCGACGAAGCCAUCCUAAAGUGUGAUGCCGAGCGGGUAAAGCUGGAGUCAGAGCGCUUUGAGAACCUCCGAGAGAUCGGGAACCUCCUGCAUCCCUCUGUGCCCAUCAGUAACGACGAGGAUGCAGACAACAAAGUAGAGAGGAUUUGGGGUGAUUGCACGGUCAGGAAGAAGUACUCACACGUGGACCUGGUGGUGAUGGUCGAUGGCUUUGAAGGCGAAAAGGGAGUCGUGGUGGCUGGGAGUCGAGGGUAUUUCCUGAAGGGGCCUCUGGUGUUCCUGGAACAGGCACUCAUCCAGUAUGCCCUUCGCACCUUGGGAAGUCGGGGCUACAUUCCCAUUUACACCCCGUUUUUCAUGAGGAAGGAGGUCAUGCAGGAGGUGGCACAGCUCAGCCAGUUUGAUGAGGAACUUUACAAGGUGAUUGGCAAAGGCAGUGAAAGGUCUGAUGACAACUCCUAUGAUGAGAAAUACCUGAUUGCUACCUCCGAGCAGCCCAUUGCUGCCCUCCACCGGGAUGAGUGGCUACGGCCAGAGGAUUUGCCCAUCAAGUAUGCUGGCCUGUCCACCUGCUUUCGCCAGGAGGUGGGCUCCCAUGGCCGUGAUACCCGAGGCAUCUUUCGAGUCCAUCAGUUUGAGAAGAUUGAACAGUUUGUCUACUCAUCGCCACAUGACAACAAGUCCUGGGAGAUGUUUGAAGAGAUGAUCACCACUGCAGAGGAGUUCUACCAGGCUUUGGGGAUCCCGUACCACAUCGUGAAUAUUGUCUCAGGUUCUUUGAAUCACGCUGCCAGUAAGAAGCUUGACCUGGAGGCCUGGUUUCCGGGCUCGGGAGCCUUCCGCGAGUUGGUCUCCUGUUCCAACUGCACAGACUAUCAGGCCCGCCGGCUCCGAAUCAGAUACGGGCAAACCAAGAAGAUGAUGGACAAGGUGGAGUUCGUCCACAUGCUCAAUGCUACCAUGUGCGCCACUACACGCACCAUCUGCGCCAUCCUGGAGAACUACCAGACAGAGAAGGGCAUCAUCGUGCCCAAGAAGUUGCAGGAAUUUAUGCCGCCAGGUCUCCAAGAGCUGAUUCCCUUUGUGAAGCCCGCACCCAUUGACCAGGAGCCAUCCAAGAAGCAGAAGCAGCAGCAUGAGGGCAGCAAAAAGAAGGGAGCGGUGAGCGAUGGCGCCCUGGAGAGCCAGCUGCAGAACAUGGAGGUCACCACGUCCUGAACAUUCCUUCCUCCCAGCUCUGUCAGCUGGCAUCCCAGAGCCUGCCCCAGGGCGGGGAAGCCAGACACACUCAUCGCCGCGCAGUCCCACUGCAUUGCUAAAACGGGAACCAUCUGCCACGCGCAGCGCACUGUCCCUGUCUGUUCUCGUAGGCCUGUGAUCCAGUCACCGAGGACUAACAAAACCGUGUAACGAAGGGCCCUGGCGGAAGGCUAGGACUCUUCCGCAGUGUGCUGCCUGGGGCUCUAACCCUGCCUCGCAGCUCUCCCUGGAACCAUACUUUUGCUUUUCCUUCUAAAUAAAGUUGUUCCAUUUAGCAAGUCAGAGAGCCUUUGAGAAGGUAGGUGGAGGCAGAGGUAGAUUUAGUAAAGGCUCAAGGAGGGAGGGAAGACUUUGAGUCUUGGUCACACAAGCUUGUAAGACCAUGACCAGGAUCUCUUUUAUAAAUCUCCUGUUUAAGAGCAAUUAAGUGGGACUAACUUAGAGACCAAUUGAUAUAAAAA